AAACACUCCCCUCAAAAUGCUCUCUUUUUCCUUCUUCCCUCUUUCUUCUCUCCUUCCUCAUCUCAACGGCUCCGGCCAUCGUCACAACGUCGUUUCACCGUCAUCCGGCCACCGGAAAAUCUCUUUUUCCGCCAUUCCAUAUCCUUAACAGGGUAUUAGACUGAAAGAGUUGAGUAUUAUGGAUGCCCCUAAAGAGAGUGGACUUCGUAAUGUUAGCUCAGUUUGCUCCAUUCCCGAAAUGGAUGAUUUUGAUCUUACAAAGCUUCUGGAUAAGCCGAAGCUUACUAUCAAAAGGGAGAGAUCGUUUGAUGAAAGGUCGCUUAGCGAGAUGUCUUUAUCAAGGGGUCUUGACAAUCUGGAACUUGCAUAUUCGCCAGGUGGACGCUCCGGAUUUGAUACCCCAGGUUCAUCCGCUCGCAACUCUUUUGAGCCUCAUCCGAUGGUUGCUGAAGCCUGGGAGUCUCUUCGUAGAUCAUUGGUACAUUUCAGGGGUCAGCCAGUUGGCACAAUUGCUGCAUAUGAUCAUGCAUCCGAGGAAGUUUUAAACUAUGAUCAGGUAUUCGUACGCGAUUUUGUACCUAGUGCACUGGCUUUUCUAAUGAAUGGGGAGCCUGAUAUAGUGAAGAACUUUCUAUUGAAGACACUUCAACUUCAAGGGUGGGAAAAAAGAAUUGAUAAGUUCAGACUUGGGGAAGGGGCAAUGCCUGCUAGUUUUAAGGUACUUCAUGACCCAGAACGUAAAACGGAUACGAUUGUGGCGGAUUUUGGUGAGAGUGCUAUUGGUAGAGUUGCACCAGUUGAUUCUGGAUUCUGGUGGAUUAUAUUGCUUCGUGCAUAUACUAAGUCUACUGGUGAUCUAACUCUAGCGGAAACGCCAGAGUGUCAAAAAGGGAUGAGACUUAUAUUGACGUUAUGUUUAUCAGAGGGUUUUGAUACGUUUCCAACGCUGUUGUGUGCAGAUGGUUGCUCAAUGAUUGACCGAAGGAUGGGGAUUUACGGUUAUCCUAUAGAAAUACAAGCACUUUUCUUUAUGGCGUUGAGAUGUUCCUUGUCAAUGCUGAAACACGACACAGAGGGAAAAGAAUUUGUGGAAAGAAUAAUGAAGCGGUUGCACGCCUUAAGCUUUCACAUGAGAAGUUAUUUCUGGAUUGACUUCCAGCAACUGAAUGAUAUCUACCGUUACAAAACAGAGGAAUAUUCUCACACUGCUGUAAAUAAGUUUAAUGUUAUUCCUGAUUCAAUCCCGGACUGGGUUUUUGAUUUUAUGCCGACACGCGGUGGUUACUUUAUUGGAAAUGUGAGUCCAGCAAGGAUGGAUUUUCGUUGGUUUGCUUUAGGUAACUGUGUUGCUAUCUUGUCUUCUCUUGCAACUCCUGAACAAGCUUCGGCGAUUAUGGAUCUUUUUGAAGCACGUUGGGAGGAGCUCGUUGGUGAAAUGCCUAUUAAGAUCUGUUAUCCUGCUAUUGAAAGUCAUGAAUGGAGAAUUGUAACUGGUUGUGAUCCCAAGAACACGAGGUGGAGUUAUCACAAUGGAGGAUCCUGGCCAGUUCUUCUAUGGCUACUGACGGCGGCUUGCAUCAAAACGGGAAGGCCACAAAUAGCAAGACGUGCAAUUGAGCUCGCUGAAAGCAGGUUGCUAAAAGACGGGUGGCCAGAAUACUAUGACGGAAAACUUGGAAGAUAUAUCGGUAAGCAAGCAAGAAAGUAUCAAACAUGGUCAAUUGCAGGUUAUUUGGUGGCAAAAAUGAUGCUGGAAGACCCUUCACACUCGGGAAUGAUCUCCCUCGAAGAUGAUAGACAAUUGAAACCGAUCAUUAAAAGAUCAUACUCGUUCUGAACCCGAGGUGAUUAUCCUAUUUUUUUCAUGAGAAACGCGACUCUAAGCUCAUUGAACAUCGUCUUGUAUACAUUAGCAUUCAAGACGCUCUUCUUAUUGCUUCUUUUAAUAAAAACUGAUUCUCUUCUUUGUGUUUUAUCUUUGUUGAGAUAUAUGUAUCAAACAAUAUGAUACGAUGUAAAGGUGACUGAAUGGUUUAGUUUGCGGGUUACCUUUCA